UCUCUGUGCUUCUCUAUGGCGGUGGCGGUUCUGCGCAGCCUGGGAGACCCAGUCCCGCAGGACCUGCCCGCGGCCGCGGGGCUGCUGGUGGCCCCGGCCGGCGGGCAAUGGGCCGCGGUGGCGGCGGCGGCCGCGGCGGGCGGCCCUCUGGUGCUGGCCGUCCGCCCGGCGGGGUCUGAGGCGCAGCCGGUGCUGCUGUGCGCGGCGCUGCUGGAGGCCUCGGCGGCCUCGGGGCCGGAGCUGUGGCUGGGCCGGGCCUUCCUGAGGCAGCUGGGCCUGGCGGCGGGGAGACGCGUGCGGGUCUGGCCCGUGAGGAGGCCGCCGUUGCUAGGCUGGGUGUUGCUAGGGGCGGCAGGGGCAGGGCGGGCUCCGCGACCCGCGGCCGGCUCGGGCUCCAGCGUCCUGGUGCGGCGCGGGGAGACGUUGCCGGGCUCGGGGCUGCUGGUGCUGGAGUCCCGGCCGGCCCUGCAAGGGCUGCUGGGCGCCGGCACCCGCUUGGCCGUGACUGAACUGAGGGGCGGCGGCGGCGGCGAGAGCCGGGACCGGAGCGGGGAGCCGCCGCCGCUGGUAUCUGCGUGGGCGCACGGCGGGGAGCGGCUGGUGAAGGCGGAGCGGGGCCACGCAGCUCUGUGGGGAGGCGAGGCCGGCGAGACCCUGUGGGUGACCCGCGGCGGUCUGCGCAGCCUGGGCCUUUUCCACGGGGAGUGGGUGUCCGUGUCGAGGCCGGAAGGCGGCUCCCGCCACUUGGCCACCGUGCGAGCCCUCGACCCCCGGUGGUACUUCUCCCUCGCCGAAGACAGGCGACGCCGAGCCGCCGAGGAGGACGCCGUCUUUCCGCACGAGAGGGCUCUGCUCCCCGCCACCUUGGCCUUCAACCUGUCCUGCGACCCUCUGGAAGGGGCACUCCUUAAAAUCCAGAGAUAUGGGGAAGCUGCUGGUGCGCAGGAGUUAAAAGGAAGUCGGUCCUUGCUAUCUGUGCCACCCUUUGCCAAGGAGCUACACAUAGAGAUUGUGUCCUCACCAGCCUACAGCAUCACAGGAGUAUAUGACCAAAUUCUCUACCAACACUUUCAAACUCCCAGGCUAGUCCAGGAGGAAGAUAUUCUGUGUAUUCCAACAGUCGGGCAUCCUGAGUUCUUAGAAGGAAAUUCAGAUAAGUUCUCUAGAUGGCCGGACCUCUACUUCAAGGUAAAAAAGAUAGUAGCAGCAGACGAAAAAGAGCAGAGCCUGGGGUACCUGGCUGACACCCAGAACACGUCUUUAUUUCUGGUUGGUUCAACAAACAGUGCCGUCCCAUCUUUCCCGUCUCAAAAUGAUCAUGGGUUUUGGAAUAGUUUAUCUCCUGCUGGACUCUGCAACAUAGUGAAACAGCUUUGUGAUAUUCUUGGGCCUCACUUACACAGUAGGGGGACUCUACUAAAUGGAGCUGGAAGCAUUCUUCUUUCAGGACCCAGUGGUGUGGGGAAACUGACAGCUGUCAGAGCUGCCUGUAGCCGCCUCAAUCUCCAUUUGUUCAAGGUGGAUUCUGUUAGUUUGUGUGGUGACACCAGUGGGUCCACAGAAGCAAAACUGCAUGCUGCGUUCUCACAGGCUGAGGUCUAUAGCCCUUGUGUCCUGCUAAUGAAAGAUAUAGAGCUGCUGGGAAGAGAUCGUGAUGGACUUGGGGAGGACUCCCGAGUAAUUCUUGCAUUACGGCACCUUCUCCUGGACAGAGAGGCAAGUACUAGUUAUCCUGUCCUGGUAGUAGGAACAACAACCAGGCUUGGGAAUGUCCCUACAGACUUGCAGACAGCUUUCCUUCAUGAACUGAAAAUUGAAGCACCAUGUGAAGAGCAGAGGAAGGCCAUUCUAAGCAUGCUGACAGAGGGCUUGCCUUUGGGAAAAGAAGUGAGCCUGACUAAGCUUGCCCGGCAAAGCGCAGGCUUCGUUCUGGGAGAUUUCUGCACUUUGCUUUCCCACAGCAGUCGUGCAGCCUGUGCAAGGAUCCAGAAUUCAAGCUUCCUGGGGGGACUGAGUGAGGAGGAAGAACAUGAUUUUUGUGCUGCAGGCUUCCCUCUUCUAGCAGAAGAUUUCGUUGUUGCACUGGAUAAGCUGCAUGAUGCUCAUUCGCAAGCAAUAGGAGCUCCAAAGAUACCUUCUGUCUUCUGGCAAGAUGUUGGUGGGCUCCAGGAAGUGAAGAAGGAGAUCUUGGACACCAUUCAGCUUCCUCUAGAACACCCAGAGCUGCUUUCUUUAGGUCUUCGCCGCUCUGGCCUUCUGCUCUAUGGCCCUCCCGGAACAGGAAAAACGUUGCUAGCAAAAGCUGUGGCAACUGAAUGCACCAUGACUUUCCUCAGUGUGAAGGGCCCAGAGCUCAUCAACAUGUAUGUUGGGCAGAGUGAAGAGAAUGUACGUGAAGUGUUUGCUAGAGCCAGGGCAGCUGCUCCCUGCAUUAUAUUUUUUGAUGAACUUGAUUCCUUGGCACCCAAUCGUGGGCGGAGUGGAGACUCCGGUGGUGUAAUGGACCGAGUGGUGUCUCAGCUACUAGCAGAACUUGAUGGACUUCAUUCUUCUCGAGAUGUCUUCGUUAUUGGAGCUACAAACAGACCUGAUCUUCUAGAUUCAGCAUUGCUCCGGCCAGGCAGAUUUGAUAAAUUGGUCUAUGUGGGUAUAAAUGAAGACCGAGACUCUCAGCUGCAAGUACUAAAUGCUAUCACCAGAAAGUUUAAGCUGGAUCCUUCCGUCAGUCUCCUUGGUAUCCUUGACAAGUGUCCCGUACAGCUAACUGGAGCAGACAUAUAUGCACUCUGCUCAGAUGCCAUGAUGUCUGCUAUCAAAAGAAAAGUGGUGUGGAUAGAGGAAGGGCUAGACACAGAGACCUCAGACCUAACUCUAACCAUGGAGGACUUUGUACAAGCUGCAACAAGGCUGCAGCCGUCUGUUUCCGAACCAGAACUGCUUAGAUACAAACUAAUCCAGCAGAGAUUUGCUGCUUAAUAAGGAUCCAGCAGGACCAGAAAGGAAGGGAUACAUAUGGUUGGAACUGUAUAAUUCCAUGGAAUCAGGAAGAAAUUUUUGAUGUCUUGUUGUCGGUUUUGCUGGAGAAAUGAAAACAGUGGAUUCCAAUGGCCAAGUCAGUGAUAAAAACUGAAAAUGGGAUCUAGGCAUGGAACUGAGACUAUUGGGUGCUUAGCUGGGUAAGAACUCCCUCAAGCUAGUUCUCAGCGCCCUUGAGAAGUUCAGGUUUCUUGAACACCCAGUGGAAAACCUUUGGAUGCUAACAGCAACCUGGGCCCAUGAAUAUUUGGGUGGUGGUGCAGUGGCUGUGUCUAAGAAUGGAUAAAUAAAAAUCCAGUUUCUUUGCCAGAAUGA